AUGGAUGGACCAGCAAGAGAUCGUGUGUUGAAAUUAAUGGAAGAGAAAGACAGAAUUGAAAGCGACAUUCGGGACCAAACUGCAAUUCUGAACACCAAUAAUGUGGGCAUGACCGACUCUUUGGUGGACAACGAAGGAUUUCCUAGAGGUGACAUCGACGUCUAUAAAGUGCGCCACGCUAGACAUCGAAUAAUUUGUCUACAGAAUGAUCAUAAAGCAAUAAUGAAGAGAAUAGAGCAGGGCUUGGCUGAAGUGCACUCAGACUUUGUCGGUCCCAAUGGUGAAGGUCCAUCAGUUGUAGUUCCAUUAUCAAAUGGAUCUGCAUACAACAACAGUCACUCAUCUAAUGGGCAAUCCAGUGAAGGUGACAUUGUAAACUUGAAUGAAGCAGGUUUCGCUUCUGUCGGAAGUAUCCAACCUGGUUCUCCGGCAGAUAUGGAUGGUCUUUGUGAUGGCGAUGAGAUACUCCAAUUCGGUUCGAUCAACUCAAGAAAUUUCACGGACGUUACUCAGAUUCACCAAGUGGUGUCCCACUCCAUAAAUCAGAGCAUUAGGGUGCAGUUGCGACGAGACCACCGAAUAAUCACCAUCAAUUUGACCCCGAGACCCUGGGCGCAGCCUGGGUUGCUCGGAUGUCACAUACGAAGACUAACAAGCUAA